UGAAACACUGAACUCAUUUUAUGAAUUGGUUUAAUUAAAUACCCAAUUAGGAUGUCUGACGUAAAUUACGUAUGUCUACGUAUUUGUUAAACCAAUGCCAUACAUGGUUUUCAUCAUUGUCGCGACUGACGAAUGUUAGCUGUAGUAUUAGUAACGGAGGGAGUGAGAAAACUCAGUUGUAAGUAAAACGGAAAUAGGUUGUUUUUACAUAAACAUGAAGUUGGAAAUGCAUCUUGUAUUAUGGUUGUCAUCAGUAGUGGUGGUUGUAGUCCACAGUCAAGUUGCACAGAAGCUAACAUCUAGUCAUUGUAUAUCAAAAAAGUCUUGUGGUGAGUGCAUCACAUCUCAUCCUGAAUGUGCUUGGUGUUCCGAAGAGGAUUUUGAAAGUGGUGGAAGUUGGCGAUGUGAUACCAUUGGAAGCUUGAUUAACAAAUGUUCUCGUAGUAAAAUUGUACACCCAAACAGCAAGAUGGAGAAAUUAGUGAAUAAGCAACUAAGUGACAAAGGAGCAAGUGAAGAAGAUGCUGUCCAGAUUAAACCACAAAGAAUUAAGUUAACACUUAAACCAAGUAAGUAUUUAAAUUUUUGUUUUUUAUCUGUAUUAUAA